UGCUGAAGGUUUUCCCGCUGGAUUGGCAGAAGUGCGCCCAUCGACGCCUACCGACACUGCUCGGCUGAUUUCAUCGCCUGGAUCCUGCUCUUCUGGCAACGCUGACCCGGCGUUUCAGCAUAAAACGCCCAGUCAACCCAGACCGCUUCGCAGUCGGCAGCGAUACUGUGGCCUGUUAAACUGAUCGCCUGUACUUCCACAGAUCACCUGGCCUGCUGAAGGUUUUCCCGCUGGAUUGGCAGAAGUGCGCCCAUCGACGCCUACCGACACUGCUCGGCUGAUUUCAUCGCCUGGAUCCUGCUCUUCUGGCAACGCUGACCCGGCGUUUCAGCAUAAAACGCCCAGUCAACCCAGACCGCUUCGCAGUCGGCAGCGAUACUGUGGCCUGUUAAACUGAUCGCCUGUACUUCCACAGAUCACCUGGCCUGCUGAAGGUUUUCCCGCUGGAUUGGCAGAAGUGCGCCCAUCGACGCCUACCGACACUGCUCGGCUGAUUUCAUCGCCUGGAUCCUGCUCUUCUGGCAACGCUGACCCGGCGUUUCAGCAUAAAACGCCCAGUCAACCCAGACCGCUUCGCAGUCGGCAGCGAUACUGUGGCCUGUUAAACUGAUCGCCUGUACUUCCACAGGCGGUGAUCUUCCGCGUGAUGGAGCACCCGGCCAUGCCCGGCUUCUACCAGUGCGUGACGUUCGCCUUCUUCGCUGUACCGUGGCACGAGAAAGCCUACAACAUCUUCUGCCUGCUCGCGCUGUACGGAGUUCCCUUGGUGGCAAUAGUGGUCUGCUACUGUCGCAUCCUCUGGGAGAUUCACAAACAGUCCAAAGAAUCGCAUGCCGACCAACUAAUGCUGCCGGAGCAACAGCAGUCGGGCCGGUUGCGCCUUCGCCGCUCUGAUGUGCGGCACAUCACCCGUGCUCGAAACCGCACUCUACGCCUGACCAUCAUCAUCGUGCUCGCCUUUUUCCUGUGUUGGACGCCAUACGUGAUCAUGGUGCUCUGGUACCAAAUCGACCCGGAGAGCGCCAGCAACGUGGACGGCUACGUGCAGUCCUCGCUCUUCAUGUUCGCGGUCUCCAAUUCGUGCGUGAACCCGCUUGUCUACGGCAGCUUCACGUCAAGCUUCCGCAAGGCUUGCUGCCGGGUCCCGCGCUUCUGGGCGCUGAACGCGCGCCGCGGACAGUGCACGCUGACCAGGAAGCCCUCGAAGCAGACUGUGAACUCGUGGGUGCCCACCACGCCCGUCCACAGGGCGGAGUUCACCAGGGACUGCUGCUCCAUGUGUUCCUCGGACAGCCACGACGUGCGUUCUGUCGUGGACAACAACGACGGCCGCUCCUGCCACAUUCAGCUGGAAGUGAGGCACACGUCGGUGACGAUAUGCCGCUCGUCAAUGAAUGGUCACGCGGUCAAGGAAGCAGUGCAGAGCAUAUGAGUGACGGUAGGAGGGACGCGAAGAAGCUGGUUGUCACGGCAAUACCGGCCAAUUUAGAGCUCAUCGAUAGUAUUUCUCAGCCUGUGCUGGUGUUUUCAUAAGCUGAGCAGCCUGUUUUCUUUGAGGGCAUUAGUAAUGGCGCCGCAUGCAAGCUCCUAACAAUAUUGUUCCAAGGAACUCGAACACUAAACGUCAAGAGUGACAGUGCCAUUGUUGCAUUGAGGUAUAAACGCCAGCGUGUAAGCCGCUGUUGUUUGGUGUUGCUGUACGUACUGAAGCGGCUGUGGCAUUGCACGUGAGAACGACUUCCAAAGAUCGUCUCUGAACAGUGAAGAAGCUUAACUAGAGCUUUGGUGUACACAUUAGGGGGAGCGAGAAAUUUCUCGUAAAUACGGGCAUUCACAUGGCAGGCGAAGAUGUUUAUGGGAUACCUAUUUUUUUUAAUCAAACAUAGCUUACGUGCAGACGAGUUUCAUACAUGACGGCACGUACAAAGUAGCGAUGCAUCGCGGAGAUAAAACAAUGGUUAAAAUUAUGAUUUUGAAAGGCCUGUAAACUAUGUGAGUACUUUGAUUUCGCCCUGGUACUUUCUUCUUGUCUCUUGUGCCAAACAUUCCAUUUUGCUGCCUUUUGUCGCCAUCGCAUUGCUGUCACACAUGCGUGAGUCUGCUCAAGAGUGCCCGCAGAAACCCUCGCUAGCAAGUUCACGAACAUGAGCUACUUGAGGACCUGAGGAGGACAAGCGUGCGUUGUGGUGUUCUGCGAUAGUAGGAGUAAAUAUUUUGUUAUCGCGAAAAUUUGUGAGAACGUACGCCCUUACCUCGGCUAUUGUGCUAAACAUUCCAGGUUGCUGCCUUUUGACAUCAUCGCUUGCUGUCGCACGUGCGUGUGUGUGCUCAAGAGCGCCUGCGGAAACCCUCGUUGGAAAGUGCACGCACCUUCCUAGGGACAUGAGGAAGCCAAGCAUGUGUUGUGGUGUGCUGCGAUAGCAGUAGCAAGCAUUUUGUUAACGCGAAAAUUUGUGAAAACGUACGCCCUAUUUACUUCGGAUGGUAUAAAGUUCGCUGAGAGGUUUCAGACAAUAACUCCGAUAAAUGUAUUUUACUCUCAUCUGCACUAAGUUCUUCAAAUGAGUAAGCUUAGUGAAGGGA